CUUUGAGUCCACUAUCGAUCAGCGACUAAAAGAUGAGUGGCGGCUAUACAUUUUUGCUCCUCAUUUGCAUCACUUAUUUUCUUACUACCAAUGCCGAUGAACAACUUGUCCAUAGACAAGCUAUCGAAAUAAUCAUUGGUGGUGGUGGUACUCCUUCGUCACCACCACCAGAAAUGCCAGAUUGUCCCCCACCCUCUCCCCCUCCAUGCCCCCCACCCCCUCCCCCUCCAUGCCCCCCACCCCCACAACCACCAAAACCUCGAUCACAUCCUCCACCCUCACCACCAAAACCACCAUCACCACCAAAACCUCCAUCACAUCCUCCACGGCCAUCGCCAAAACCACCAUCACCAGUACCAUUAGAUGGAUUUGAAAGCGAACUACUUCGACGAGUCUUCCCAGUAAUCCAAGCCUUCAGAAAGAAGAUAACAGAUGAUCCCUUGCAUAUAACCGAUACAUGGCAGGGCAAAGAUAUUUGCGGCAAGUAUAAAGGCUUCGUAUGCGGUAUCCAACCCAAUAAAAAGCAAAAAGCCGUCGCAGGGGUCAAAUUCAACAACUUCAAAUUCUAUGGCCCAAACUUAACCAUAUCCGAAUUCCUUUUUGGCUUAAAAGACAUAGUUUUCUUCCAUGCAAACUCAAACAACUUCACGGGAACCCUCCCAGCCCGUAUAGGCGAACUUCCUUUCUUUUAUGAACUCGACUUAAGUAACAACAAAUUCACGGGUGCGUUCCCUUACCAUGUCCUCAAUGCCCAAAAGCUACAAUUUCUUGAUCUUCGUUUCAACACAUUUGAGGGCGUUGUUCCUCCGCAAAUCUUUCUUAUCAAUCUCGAUUUGUUGUUCAUAAACAACAACAAAUUCGUUCAAAUGCUGCCCGAGAACCUUGGCUCCACGACCGCGCUUUACUUAACCCUGGCUAACAACAAGUUCGUUGGUAACAUUCCUAAAAGUAUCGGCCAAGCUUGCAAUACUUUACUUGAGGUUCUGUUUUUGAACAACCAGUUAACGGGUUGUCUGCCGUAUGAAAUCGGGCUUUUGAAAAAGUCAACGGUGUUUGAUGUCGGAUCUAAUAUGUUAACCGGCCCAAUCCCACAUUCGUUUCAAUGUUUGAAGCAAAUGCAACUUUUGAACUUGGCCGGGAAUAAGUUUUAUGGACCGGUUCCGGAAGCAGUGUGUUGUCUCCCUAAGCUAUCGAAUUUUACGAUAUCUUAUAACUAUUUUACACAAGUUGGGCCGCAGUGUCGGGAGUUGAUCAAGAAAGGGGUUCUUGAUGUGAAAAUGAAUUGUAUUUUGGAUCUUCCAAACCAAAGAACGCCUGCUGAAUGUAAGAAGUUCUUUUCGAGUCAUCAUACUUGCCCGGAUGAAAAGUCUCUGGCUUACGUUCCUUGUGCUGUAGGACUUGAAAGUAACGAACUCAAGUCCUCAGAUACCGAAUGGAAUAAUGGUCCUGCGCCGGCGCAGGCUCCAAGAGCGCGAAGUUAUGGCUCUCUUUCGCCACAUUAAUCAAUGACGUUAAGUUGAUAAAUAUUACCAGAAUGCUAAGGAAAUUUCUGUUGGUAGUAAUCCUUUUUUCUGGUAGAUAUAUACAUGUACAAUUAGAUAAGUGUUAUACGUAAGUAUUUACCUUCGUUUUUAUCUUUUUUCUACUUUAAUUUCUUGUUGUAAUAUGUAAAAAUAAUUGACCAAGUUCAUGGAGGUCGGGACUUUAAGUUUAUUUCGAAAUGCAUGUAGAUAAUAUUUAUCUGUA